AUGAGCUCCAAACGGCGAUCAGCUGCUGCAGCUUCACCAGAUGUGAGGCGCGUAUCAAAGCGCCGAAAGAUAUCUGAUGAUGAUCUGACCGGUGCUGAAGAUACUAAUCGCGCACUGUCGCAUUUGGAUUCAGAUCCACCAUCUGCUGAAGAGGAUGAAACCCCGGGGUCGCAGGCCGAGUCUGAGGUUAGUUUUGAGGGCGAUAGCCUUCAAACUGCGCAGGACAAGAUCAUGUCAGAGUUAGCCCGGCUGAAAGAUUCCGAUGGCGAAGAUGUCUCUUAUCCUUUUAUUGGAAAACCAGACCGAAAUCUCUACAAGGAUUAUUACGAGAUCAUUCAACAUCCCGUCUCCCUCCGGAGCAUUCAGAAGAGAAUCCGAGGCACAGACAGCAGAAAGAAUUCAUCAAAAACAACCGCCUAUCCUACUUGGAAAUCCUUUGAGGAGGAAGUCAGCUGUAUAUGGCAAAAUGCAAGGGAGUACAAUGAGGAUGACAGCGACAUUUCUGUUCUAGCAGGGAUUCUGGAGCGUCAUUUCAAAGAACGGGUUGCGGAGGCCAAAAGGCUUGUACCGGACCCCGUUCAGGUAGAUGGAAAUCCCGAGACGCCUCGCAUCAAAUUGAAGAUGGGCACAGUGGUGCCAGAACCGACGGCGCAGAGGCUAUCCCUGAAACUCUCUAGGCAAGGCUCCGAUAUUGCAUACAAAGACAAUCAUCAACCAUCCAGUGUCGCGGUCCAUGAUGGAUCUCUGAAACGCCAACGAGACCAUAUCAGGACUGAAUCUGCAGGUCAAGAUGUUAGCAUGUCUCCUCGGACAAGGUCUUUUCGAAGAAAUAUGGAGAGCCCAGGAUCAAGUGCAGCAACCACCCCAGCUAACUCAGAACAGCACCAGGGCUCCUUGGCGGGUGCACAAGAUAUGUCCAGUUCAGUCAAGAACGAGACUCCCAUGGCGAUAGCUCACAUUGAGACUGGCACUUCACAAAGCUUCCCCGGUUUAUUUGCCGAGGCUUCUGCAACGGAGAUCGCUCAACAUUCUUCAGGCUCAGCUCAUGUGCCCUUUCCGCAACCUCUUGGCGCAUCCCCUAUGGAGUCAUUUUUGAGGCGACCAGGUCAAGACGCGAGCACUUCUUUAAUUCGAAAUGUUCAAAUUCUCUCACACGCCUCCCUCUCAUUGCAGCAUAGUUUCUGUCUAGACGUACCACCCUCUUCGCGACUUUCGCAGCAGAAUAUCACUGUCAACCUUCCUGCAUCACACAAUUUACUAACGGUCCGGCCUCGCUUAGCGGCCAGUACUGCCCAGCGGCAGGUAAAGAUAGUCGCACUUGUGGGUCUGCGGCGACUUCACGCCUCUGGUGAUGUGAAUACACUUGCGUAUGAUGUUCGACUCCAUCCUGGCAUGACUAGGAUUGAUUUGGAAGCUAUCGUUGGACCGGCUACGGGGGUUCCCAAGUCCGGGCCACCCGGCUCAGAUGUCGACUACGAGCGUGUAACUAUGUUUCUCAAUCUGCUAAGGUGA